ACUCUACCAGCUGAGACUAUUACUGAACCUGGCAUGACUAUCACCCUACCAGCUGAGACUAUCACUCUACCAGCUGAGACUAUUACUGAGCCUGGCCAGACUGUUACUCUACCUGCGGAGACUGUCACCCUACCAGCUGAGACUAUCACCCUGCCAGCUGAGACUAUUACUGAGCCUGGCAUGACUGUCACCUUACCAGCUGAGACUAUCACUCUACCAGCUGAGACUAUUACUGAGCCUGGCCAGACUGUCACUCUACCUGCUGAGACUAUCACUCUACCAGCUGAGACUAUUACCCUGCCAGCGCAGACCAUCACUGAGCCAGGCCAGACCAUCACUCUCCCCGCUGAGACUAUCACCCUACCAGCUGAGACUAUCACCCUGCCAGCUGAGACCAUUACCGAGCCUGGUAUGACUGAGACCACUACUGUUACUGCACCCGGCCAAACCAUCACCUUACCUCCGGAGACCGUGACCGAGCCAGCCCAAACCAUCACCGAGCCCGGUCCAACUCAGACCAUAACCAUCACCGAACCCCCCGUGACCCAAACUGUCACCGAGCCCGGCCCCACCAUCACCGAGCCCCCAGUAACCAUCACCCAGAUCAUCACAGACACAGUCACGAUCACCCAACCCGGCGAGACCAUCACGCAGGUCGCCACGAUCACCAGCACCGAGACCCAGACCGAAACCAGGACCGAGACAGUGACCAACUGCCCCACUUCGCCCCCCCUCGGCAGCCUCGACUACGGCAAUUGCAGCGACCCGUCCAUUAACUACGAAUACGGGCAUGGCGGCGGCAACAACGAAUGGCGAUAUGUCACAAACAACCAGAACGACUUCGAGCACCAGCCAACUCCGUCAAUUGACACCCUCAUGGCCCUCGUCUGUAAUCGUCUCAGGAGUCCCUGCGACGCACCCCAGUCUACACUCGACGUCUGCGCUGCCGCUACCCGGCAGGUGAAUGAAAGCGGGCUGACGGGCCAGCAGGCGGCUGAUUUGUGGAAUAAUUUAAUGUUGUAAAUCAUGCCUUCUGAUGGAUAGAUGAUGGAGUUUAUACCUGCUUUUUG